AUGAACUGUCUUUUUUGUGCUUUAUGUCUUGAUGAGUUUAAUCGAGUCUCUGCAUGUAAUUCUGCUAAAGAAAUUUGGGAUAUGCCUGAAGUAACUCAUGAAGGAACUAAUCAAGUUAAAGAGUCAAAGAUUAGCAUGUUAGUUCAUAAUUAUGAAUUGUUUAAAAUGGAUGCAAAUGAAACUAUAUCUGAAAUGUUUACUAGGUUCACAAAUAUUGUUAAUGCUUUGAAGGGAUUAGGAAAAUCUUAUACCACCUCUGAAAAUGUGAGAAAAAUUCUUAGAUCAUUGCCUAAGAGUUGGGAAGCUAAGGUGACGAUGAUCCAAGAAGCAAAAGACCUCUAA